AGAGCUCUUCUCCCCCGCUCUCUCUCUCACAUCAGGAAUGGCAGUCAUACAGAGCAACGCAUCAUUGUUUACUACAUUCACGGCACCACGAUCCCUUCCUCGUUUUCCUUCCUUCUCGAAGACCCACCAACUCAAUUUCCCGUCUUCAACUACUAUUGACAGACCCCUUUCCCUAAAACGAAGAAGUAAGCUACUCUGCACACCCCAGUCCGGCAAGUACGUCAGAGAAGACUAUCUAGUGAAGAAGGUGUCGGCCAAGGAGGUUGAGGAGCUGGUUAAGGGGGAAAGGACUGUACCUCUUAUUGUUGAUUUCUAUGCGACAUGGUGCGGCCCCUGCAUUUUGAUGGCUCAGGAGCUGGAAAUGCUUGCGGUGGAGUAUGAGAGCAGUGCAUUAUUUGUUAAGGUUGACACUGAUGAUGAGUAUGACUUUGCUCAUGAUAUGCAGGUCCGAGGUUUACCGACUCUAUAUUUCAUCAGUCCGGACCCAAAUAAGGAUGCAAUCCGGACUGAAGGGCUGAUUCCACCUCAGAUGAUAAGGGAUAUCAUUGACAAUGAAAUGUGAGAGGGGAAAGGUAAGCAACUCAAAAGAUCGAAAACCAGUUUCAAAAUAUGAUCUUGAGUUGGUGAAGUGGCUUAUUGACCUUCUGUUCAAAGGAUCAAUCUUGGUGCAGUUCACAGGCAGGGAUCAACACUAACAGGUGGGUGGAAAAGCCUUUGUGACCUCUGAAGGUCCCUUGCUGAUUUUGGAGAGUGACUUUUAAAAGAUAAUGGAUGUAUCAAGCUCUAAAUGAGGUUGGGCUUUGUUCGAAUUUAGAUUCUUAUUAACCGUAACAUGUAGCAAUUAACCUUAUUACAGUUUUAAGUGAUCAGAUUAUUCUGA